AUGGAUAAUAUACAAAGUGUUGAGCAUGAUCACUUUAAAAAUAUUCUCAGAAGAAAAAGGCAAUUUGAUGCUAGACAGCAUAGAAAACGUGUGCUUGGAGCAAAGAGAGCAAAGAGAUUGGCGGCAAUCAACAAAGAAAAUGCAGAACAAACUCAACCAGCUACUGAUACUAUAUCUUCACAUAUCAGAUUGCCACUAUCUUCUAUUUCUCCAAAUAUCCCAAGUUCCAACAUAUCUCAUCGAAAUAGCUUGCAGAAAACUCAUAGUAAAUCAACUUUGAAUACAUUGCCAAGUUCAUUAACAAAAAAACGCCCAAGAGUUGUUUCUCUCAGGAACAUUAAAAAUUUAGGAGUUAACCUGGGAAGGAGAUUUGAUAAUGAGUUUAUGCAUGGAAACACAUCAUCUUCAAGCCAUACACCACAUCCAGUUUCCAAUAUCAACGAACUUUUCCAAGAUGACAGUGAAGAUGAUGCAGGCUCCGGUAAUUCUUCAGAGACCUACAGUUCAGUUUCAAACUAUUCAAUGGAUGAGCAUGACGUAAGUUUCGACACUGACAUUGAAGAAACAGAUUUUCACAAUUCAGGAGAAUACUACGAUUUAGGUGACCCAUUAUUUGAGUGUCAGCAAUGUGGUGCAAAUAUGUGGUAUCUGGAGAGGAAGAACAAGUGUCGACAUUCUGCUAAUCCUAAGUUCUCAAUGUGUUGUGGAGAAGGAAAGGUUCAAAUACCUUUGUUGAAAGCACCACCACCCGUAUUGCAGAGCCUGUUGUUUGACCAAAACAAAAGUGAAUCAAAAGUAUUUCAACAACAAAUUCGUCUUUACAAUAUGAUGUUCUCAUUUACUUAUCCAGGUGCUACAAUGGACAACAGAUUUAACAAUGGUAGAAGUCCUCCUAAUUAUCGUAUUCAAGGUCAAUCAUGUCAUCAUAUAGGUAGCAUGUUACCAUUGCCAGGUGAAAAGGCCAGUUUUGCCCAACUCUAUAUAUUCGAUACUGAACAUGAAGUUCAGAAUAGAAUUGAUGGUUUCAGAACAAGGAACGGAGUAGAUAUUAAUAUAGUGGAAAAAUUAUCUUCAAUGUUAUAUGAACAUAAUGUUAAUGCUCAGUCUUUUAGGAUGGCAAGGGAUAGACUUUCUGAAGGAAAUGUGGCAGAUCUAAAACUCCGUCUCAUUUCUGAGCGCCAAACUGAUGGAAGAAUAUAUAAUCAACCAACAGUUUCAGAAGUUGCUGCUCUCAUUGUUGGUGAUAUUGGUACUGCAGAAAAAAGAGAUAUUAUAAUGCAGAAACAAUGUGGCGAACUUCAGAGAAUAGAUGAAUAUCAUACGUCUUAUUUGGGAUUUCAAUAUCCAUUACUUUUCCCUUAUGGUGAAGAUGGUUACAGACCCAACAUAAGGCAUCGCAAUAAAGGUUCUAACACGGUUUGUAUUUCAGAAACAACGUCUUCAGUAGCGGAAAUUGAGGAUGUUCCAUGGGAGGAAGCAACAAAAAGAAAUAGACUUACAAUCAGAGAGUGGUUCACCUUUAGGAUCCAGUCAAGAAAAAAUGAGGCACGGACAAUUCUCAAGUCAAGGAGAUUGUUCCAGCAAUUUUUGGUAGAUGGUUUUACGAUGAUGGAAUCUGAGAGACUUCGAUGGUUAAGAAAAAAUCAGUCAAAACUACGAGUAGGCAAGUACGAUCAUCUUGCAGAUGCUAGGACAAAUGGACAUACACGUGGUGCAGCUACAGGGAAAAGGGUUGUCCUACCUUCGUCGUAUGUUGGAAGCCGUAGAUAUAUGGAUCAGUUAUAUUUUGAUGGCAUGCCGGAAAUACAACGUGUACUAAGCUCUUCUAAUCUGAAAGCGCCCAAUCGUCCGGAUCUCAUUACAAGAAUCUUCAAAAUGAAAUUUGAUGCGUUACUGUCCGAUUUGACCAAAAAGAUUAUCAUGGGGAAGGUUCUUGCGUAUAUGUAUACAAUUGUGUUCCAGAAAAGAGGCCUGCCCCAUGCUCACAUAUUAAUUUUCCUUCAUCCGUCAAGCAAGUAUCCAACACCUGUUGACAUUGAUCGUAUCAUAUCAGCAGAAAUACCAAACAAAGACACUGACGAAGAGUUAUAUAACUUGGUCAAAUCUCACAUGAUACACGGACCCUGCAGAAAUGCUUUUCGUAAUUCUACGUGUAUGAAGGAAGGAAAAUGUUCAAAAUACUUCCCUAAAGACUUCAGACGUGAUACAAUCAUUGAUCAAGAUGGAUAUCCGGUGUAUAGACGAAGGGACAACGGACACACAGUUUCUAAGAAUGGAAUUGAGAUUGACAAUAGAUUUGUUGUUCCAUACAAUUCAAAGUUAUUGUUGAAGUACAGAGCUCAUAUUAACAUGGAAUGGUGCAAUCAAAGCACAUCCGUCAAAUAUUUGUUCAAAUACAUCAACAAAGGCUAUGAUAGAAUAACUGUUGCGAUUGUCAUGAAUGAAGAUGGAUCUGUUUCGCAACAUGACGUCGUCGAUGAGAUAAAGCAGUAUAUUGACUGUAGGUACGUUUCUCCAAGCGAAGCUUCUUGGAGAAUUUAUGCUUUUCCUAUUCAUGGAAGAAUACCAGCUGUAGAAAGACUUCAUUUUCAUGCUGAGGGACAAAAUUCUGUUUUCUAUACUGAUGUCAGCCCUAUUACCACAGUCCUUGAUAAACCGAGCGUUACGAAAUCAAUGUUUACAUCUUGGUUUGAAGCCAACAAGCAAUACGACGAAACGCGCCAACUAACGUAUAGCAAUUUUGUUUCGAAGUUUGUAUACCAAAGGAUUGCAAACAACAGAGGUUUGCUGCUAACAAAUGAAGAAAUUCUGAAUUUAACAUUGAUUGAAAUUGAAAAACUUCUUCGGCGAAGUCGUAAGAGUUUAAGUGAUUUACCUGGAAUGCCAAAACCACAGGGUUACAUACUUGAGGAGCUUGGAAACAAUUUCAUAUAUGAAGAGCGAAACUACGAUCCUGCUGAACAACUUCAAGAGUUUAAUACGCUGUACAAUAACCUCACAGGUCUAAACAAUAAUAACAUCAAAUUGCCAGAAGAAGUUCAAAUUAACAAAGAGAUGUUUCCAAACAAAUCUUGA